AAUUCAUUUCUAAAAGAGAUAAAUUGGCUGUUCUAUAAUCAUGAAUGUGGUUAACUCUGGACAGGCAUCAGGGAGUAUAACAAUAACAACGAUGGGUUCGGGAAUAACAGGUUCAACUAUGGUUGGACGAGUUCUACCUGCAACCCAUAUUAUUGACGAGGACGAUGUAAGUUUAGAUGAUGAUGAGGAUAUGGACGACUGCGGAGACAGUUACGGCGAAGACGACGAAAUGCUCGGGGUUAGCGAUGUAACCUGUCAGCUGGCUGCCGCAGGUUGGCAAAAUGGACCGGUUGGUGUGGCUGCAGCGGCCGCUAUUGCCAGUGCAAAGCGUAAGCGACGCAAUCAUUCGUUCGAGACAAAUCCUUCCAUACGCAAGCGUCAAACUACCAGACUGACUAGGAAACUAAAGGCUGUUAUUGAUGAGUUCUCAGUACGAGUUGGCCAGCAAGCUAUUGUACUUGUUACAACCCCAGGGAAAAAUACUAAUAAUUUCAAGGUGUUUGGUGCUAAACCAUUGGAGGAUGUUGUCCGGAGUUUAAAGAACGUUAUUAUGUCAGAACUUGAGACUGCCCUCUCACAGCAGGCUCCCAACCCACCACCUGAUGAUCCUACCUUACAUGAACUUCCUCCAAUAGUCAUCGAAGGUAUUCCUACUCCUGUAGAGAAGAUGACCCAGGCACAGUUGAGAGCAUUUAUUCCUUUAAUGCUGAAGUUCAGCACUGGACGCGGCAAACCAGGCUGGGGAAAGGAGAGCACUAAACCCCCCUGGUGGCCAAAACAUGUACCAUGGGCAAAUGUUCGUAUGGAUGCUAGAAACGACGAUGAAAAAACUAAGAGUAUAUCCUGGACGCAUGCACUGAGAGAUAUUGUGAUAAACUGCUAUAAAUACCAUGGUAGAGAUGACCUGCUUCCUAAGUUUACCGAGGAGGAUGAUACUAAGAGAUCGCCGCAAAUAAAAAAGGUUGGACCAUGGUCAGGAGUGGUCCAGACGAUAGCUAACGCUGAUGGAACAGUUUCUAUUGUACAUGUUGAUCCUAACAAUCCGGUCAUUACACUUCCAGACGGAACUCAGGCACAGAUUCAGCUCCAUGAGAGCGGUGUUCAUACCCUGGCUGAGGUGGCGACCUCUGACGGAAACCACGAGCUACACGCCGAGCAGAGCCAUAUACUUUUCACAGGGGAGGACGGAAACGCAUAUCCUGUACAAGUAUCCGGACAUCAGCUGGUAACUGUACCUGUAUCUGCCUCUAUGUACCAAACUGUAGUUGCUAAUUUACAUGCCGGAGACGGUCAUGUACAGGUGCUAGGGAGCCCUAUACAGAUUGCAGGGGUCAGUGGACCCGUCAUUAUGAAACAAGAACCUUUAGAACAUAAAACUAUCACUGUCUCCACAGGGUCAUUGUCUAAUAGUCAGGUGUCUGUGCUACAGAUGAGACGAGUGGAGGAUGAACGAGGUGACACUCCUGAUACAACCUCAUAACAGUUAACCAGCAUAGGUGGUCAUACCAUGUCAAUGACAUAAUGCCAUCUCCUUCGUGUUUAGGGACAAUGCCAGGAACGUCAAACUGCGUUUUGAAGAUUAACUAGAAACUAUGAUCGCUGCUAUGAUUUUACAUAACUGGGUCAAAUUAGGUCACAACAUUAUAUAUCUCUUGCUUAAGGCUAAAUUACGUGAAAAGGCCAUGAUGUAUACCAAAUUUUUCGGAAGUUCAUACUUUUCAUCAAAUUACGAACAAAACAUCUUAUUCGGAAUGAUAAAUUAAAUCACUUUAAAAAUUAGGAGCUCAUGGACCAUCGUAGAAUAAUACAGAUUGCAUAGCGAUAUAAAAGGUUUAGGUAGGUUUUUAAAGAAAUCACAAUUUUUUAAGUUACCGAUUUCAUAUUUGAAAAGCAUUAUUACAUUAAAAAUCUACACAUCAUAUUUCAUCAAAGGAACUUUACUUCAUUAUGUUCUAAAAUGAAGGUCCUGGGUCCAGUUCCCCCCCCCCCCCCAUACAUUACGGCCCUGCUUUAUAAUGUUAUUUUUGCUGUUAUUUUUAAAUAGACUGACAUUUUGUAAAUAGAUCGUAUGAGUCUUAGCCUAGCAAAGUUUUAAGAAAUAUAAGGUCAUCGUUAGGGAAUGAUUUAUAAUUUUAAAGUUAGGUGGUAAAAUUUCGUAAAGCAGCAUUUAAAGAAGAAAAUAAUCCAAUUUACAUAAAUCUCAACGCUAGAAACCAAAAACUAUCUACACAUAGUAUAUUAUAUUGUAAAUUUGUACAAUAUACACAUUGUACAUAUGUAAAAUAUGUACAAAAAUCUGGUUUGCAUUCUGAGAGUGCUCACUGUAGUGUUUUAUUUUUAUUCCACCACAAACCGUAUAUAAUUGUACAUCUAAUUUAAUCUAAUUGUACAUCUAAUUUUUUUUUUUAAAUUACCCCACUCAGUUUUUUGUGGCCCAAAGGGUUAUAAUAAUCUUUAGUCCCAUCUGUAAUUCGUUGAAAAAUCAACCUCACAUCAAUUUCCCUCAACUGAUUGAUUAAUUAACGUUUAUUUCUAUAUGCAUCUACUGCAGUGUAUGUUUACUACACAUGUCAGUGAUGUCAGAGUUCCUUGAGAAAAAAAAUAAUCUAAAACUGAAUGUAUGUUUCUUAAGUUAUAUUUGUGUUGCAUUUAAAACAUUUGUAAGCUGUUGAUUGUUAAUUUUCUUGAAUUCUGGAAAAUAUAUAAUAUUAUUUAUUUGA